AUGGGUGAUCAUCUUCCACGGGAUCUCUUGACCUACAUAUUCUCAAGACUUGGUGUCAAACAACUUUGUAAGCUCAAAUGCCUCCCAAAAGAAUGGCUUAAUACAAUUUCCAGUCCCCAUUUCAAGAAACAACAUCUCGAUCAAUCGAAGAAAAGGCCAACUCUGUCUCUUAUCAGCUCUCCAAGAAGUAAUUACUCGUUCUUGUCCCAACUCUUCUGGGCUAGACUUGUUAUGUUUUUACCAAACUGGCUAUCUGGGAAAAAUAUAGAUUUGCAAUCCCUUUACCAAAAAGACUCUAGCUUUGCCCAUGCUUUUUGGCUUUGCUGGUCGAGCUUAGGCUAUGUCUCUUCGACAAAUGAGUACAAAAUUGUAGCAUCAUAUGAGGGGAAAGUGAAAUAUGCUGAUGGGGAUUUCUAUACUGGUUUUGAAGAAUCUUUGUGUUUCAAUAUCCUAACCCUUAAGCUAGAGGAAGAAACAAGUGUGGUAGGGUCAUGGAGAGACUUGUUGUUGAGUUGCACACAAUAUUCUGGAACAUGUCAUCAACCAAUCCACAUCAACGGGUUCAUUUAUUGGCUUGCGUUUGCAAAAUAUAAUACCUUAAGUAGUGAUCAUGUGAGAAUUCUUGAAAUGAACUUGGAAAAUGAGGAAAUAAAGACCUUCUGUUGUCCCAAUGGCUUUAGUGACUUUGGGUUUUCACAUUUGUCUGAGAUAAAUGGACAUUUAUGCUUGGUUCAGAAUAAAAGGGAUGGACAUAUGUUAAAUAUUUGGAUGUUGAUGGCCCAUGAGAGUGAAGCAUGGUGUCUAGAGUAUAGUAUUGAGGUUCAUGAGAGUGCUUCUCACUACAAUAUUAUUGGCUAUUUACCAAGAAAUAAUGAGAGUACUGGAGACAUCUUGAUUAGGUCCUUAAAAGGUGAUCUAUUUUGCUAUGAAACUGAUACAAAAAGUUUCAAAGAAUUGCAGAGUUUAAAUAUAGUGGAAUAUAAGUGGUGUGCUCUUUUCUAUGACAGCUUCUUCUCUAUAGGCCUGCCAGGAAAUUAG